UCGUAUGAACUAUCGAUAAUUGUGUGUAAGCACAGGAUACGAAGAAGCUGCAAUUUUCCUUUCAUAACGGGUAAUAUACGUAUUCUCGUAUAAGAACUAUAUAAAAGCAAUUAAAAUAAAAAGGAUUGACAAUAUUAUACAAAAAGGAAAAUAUGAAAUGUUGCGUAACCGGUUGCUGCCACUGCUGCCACCAAUUUUAUUGUGCAGACGCGCCAAGGGCAACAACGCAACCAGAACAAAUGCAACGAGGCAGAGCAACAUUAUAAGUAAACUCUUUGGUAGUCGUUUGGCAGGCACAAAAAAACACUGGUAUCCCUGCCACAAUACCAAUGGCAAUAGCAGCAGCAGCUCCUUCCAAUCGGUCAGUGUGAUGUUUCAGUCAUCACAGUUUGGCAAGAGCAAGCUCCGCGGCUCUAGGAACAAUACAAGACGAAUGUCAGUGCUGAACAAACUGUUCAUGACCCACAUCACCGACCUGCUGGCUGCGGGCCAGGCCGCGGAGUCAAUAUUGGGACGCGGACUGCAGGUGUCGCGCGUGAAAAUCUGCUCUGAUUUCAGCUGCAUCAAUGUCUAUUGGCUGGGCAGCGAUAUUUCGCUGGAAGCGGAUCUACAACGCUGCAGCGGGCAGCUUCGCCACGAGCUCUCUCAGCUGCGGCUUAUGGGUGAGGUGCCGCGCAUCAAAUUCGUGCGCGACAAAAGUGGAAGCAACAUCAAUAAUGUGGAGGGGAUUCUGCGUUCACUCAAUUUAAGCAAGCCAGUUAAAUAUAAAUUUGAUGGCCAGGGCAAGCACGUGGAGCAACAGCUACAACACAACUUCGAUGUCGCCCAGACAAUGCGUCAAGAGUUUUAUGGUAAUGCUGCAACGCUGUCGCCUACAUCGGAGCUUUCUGAGAUGCGACAUGAUGUGCUCGGCCUGGAUUAUCGCCUCAUCAUGGACAAGAUUCUGGUUAAAAUGCGCAAAUCAAAGAGUGCUUGGGAGCAGCAUAAACUAAUAGAUCGACAUCAGCUAAUCCCGGAGCUGGUAUGCAUGCAUCAUAAAAUAGCUAAGGUUGAGGCCAACGUGGUUACUUUCAAGAGCAACCAGUUUUCAGAAUUUCUAGCCAAGCGACGAGAACGCAAGCAAACGCCUGAGCGCAAGAAGCAUCAACGGGAAUUAGAGGAUUACGUAGCCGAAACAACAACGGACGAAGAUGAUUUACAGGCGCUAACGCCAGAUCAGCGCCAAAGAUAUACCCAGAGCGAUUACAUUCUUGAAGACCACAAAUACUACUGCAGUUCCUAGACCUCAAUUUAGGUUGUUUCACACUGUUUUUUUAGUAUACUCCAUUGAAAAACUGGUAUAAUGUUUUCGUUAAAAUGAAUGUAAUAUAAUAUGAAUGUAAUAAAAUAAUAUAACCUUGUCCAUCUGCCUGUCAAUAUAAAAACGUCAGUCUCAGAACCUAUAAGGGCUUAGCACAAGCAGUUC